GUCGCGUGGGACCCGACUCCGCUUCCCUGCGCUGCCCGGGGCGCAAUGGGCCGCUACCGUAUCCGUGUGACUACCGGAGCCUGGAUCUUCUCCGGGUCUUACAACCGCGUGCAGCUGUGGCUGGUUGGAGCGCGCGGGUCGGCGGAGCUGGAGCUACAGCUGAGGCCGGCGCGAGGCGAGGAGGAGGAAUUUGAACACGAUACUCUGGAGGACUUGGGGCCACUGCAGUUCGUCAAGUUGCGCAAACACCACUCCCUGGUGGACGACGCGUGGUUCUGCGACCGCAUCACGGUGCAGGGCCCUGGGACCAGCGCGGAGGCUGCCUUCCCAUGCUACCGCUGGGUGCAGGGCCAGGAAAUCCUGAACCUACCUGAAGGCACCGCUCGCCUGGCAGGAAAUAAUGCCUUGGACGUGUUCCAGAGGCAUCGAGAGAAGGAACUAGAAGAAAGACAGCAGAUCUACUGCUGGGCCUCCUGGAAGGAAGGAUUACCCUUGACAAUAGCUGCAGACUCUAAAGAUGAUCUGCCUCCCAAUGUGAGAUUCCAUGAGGAGAAAAGACUGGAUUUUGAAUGGACUCUGAAGGCAGGGGCUCUAGAAAUUGCCCUCAAACGUGUUUAUACCCUCCUGAGCUCCUGGGACCACCUAGAGGAUUUCAAUCAGAUCUUCUGGGGUCAGAAGAGUAUGCUGGCUGAAAAGGUUCGCCAAUGCUGGAAAGAUGAUGAGCUUUUUGGCUACCAGUUCCUCAAUGGUGCCAACCCCAUGCUGUUGAGACGCUCCAGAUCUCUUCCCUCCCGGCUAGUGCUGCCCUCUGGGACAGAAGAGCUUCGGGCCCAGUUGGAGAAGGAACUCCAGAACAGUUCCUUGUUUGAAGCUGACUUUAUUCUGCUGGAUGGGAUUCCCGCUAAUGUGAUUCGAGGAGAGCAGCAGUAUCUGGCAGCGCCCCUCGUCAUGCUAAAGAUGGAACCCAAUGGGAAGCUGCUCCCCAUGGUCAUCCAGAUCCAGCCUCCCAACUCGAACUCCUCUGCCCCACCACUCUUCCUGCCCUCAGAUCCCCCACUUGCUUGGCUCCUGGCAAAGUCCUGGGUCCGAAAUGCAGACUUCCAACUGCACCAGCUCCAGUAUCAUUUGCUGAACACUCACCUGGUAGCUGAAGUCAUCGCUGUCGCCACCAUGAGGUGCCUCCCAGAACUGCACCCUGUUUUCAAGCUCCUGAUCCCCCAUAUCCGCUACACCAUGGAAAUCAACACCCGGGCCCGCACCCAACUCAUCUCAGAUGGAGGCAUAUUUGAUAAGGCCGUGAGCACAGGAGGAGGGGGUCAUGUGACCUUGCUCCAGCGGGCAACGGCACAACUGACCUACUGCUCCCUCUGUGCUCCUGACGACCUGGCUGACAGGGGCCUGCUGGGACUCCCGAAUGCUCUCUAUGCCCAUGAUGCUUUACAGCUCUGGGACAUCACUGCCCGGUACGUGGAGGGGAUCAUCCACAUCUUCUACCAAAGCGAUGAUGUCGUGAGAGGGGACCCUGAGCUGCAAGCCUGGUGUCGGGAGAUUACUGAGGUGGGGCUGUGCCAGGCCCAGGACCGAGGCUUCCCUGUUUCCUUCCAGUCCCGGGCUCAACUUUGCCAUUUCCUUACCAUGUGUAUCUUCACCUGCACUGCCCAGCAUGCAGCCAUCAAUCAAGGCCAGAUGGACUGGUAUGCCUGGGUCCCUAAUGCCCCAUGCACAAUGCGGAUGCUCCCACCCACCACCAAGGAAGAUGUAACAAUGGCCACAGUGAUGGGGUCACUACCUGAUGUCCAGCAGGCCUGUCUUCAAAUGACCAUCACAUGGCAUCUGGGUCGGCAGCAGCCCGACAUGGUACGUCUGGGGCAUCAUAAAGAAAAAUAUUUCUCGAACCCCAAAGCCAAGGCUGUGCUAAGCCACUUCCAAACAGAACUGGAAACCCUGGAAAAGGAGAUUACAGCCCGGAAUGAGCAACUGGACCUGCCCUACGAAUACCUGAAGCCUAGUCACAUAGAGAACAGUAUCACUAUCUGAACCCUAAGCUACCCAUGCCCCAAGACUACAGACCAGCUCAAGAAACUGACAUUUUCAUCUAGUUUAUGCUUCCCCAAAUUUCAGCUGCCAAGGCUCUA